GAUCCCAAAUUCAAAAUUCAAACUCAUUUCCUCAUUCUCCAUGGCUGCCAAAAUUCAAACUAGUUUUUGUUUACCUUCAUUCUCCAUUGCAACCUCAAAACCCAAACCUUACUUCAAAUCCUUCACCGUCUCAGCUUCCAAAUCCAUCUCCGGCCGAAAGCUCCGAGCGGCAGUGAUCGGUGGCGGUCCCGCAGGAUCCUCCGCCGCCGAGGCCCUAGCUUCCGGCGGCGUUGAAACAUUCCUCUUCGAACGAAACCCCCCGUCCGUCGCGAAGCCAUGCGGUGGCGCCAUCCCUCUCUGCAUGCUUGAAGAGUUCAACAUCCCUCACCACCUCAUCGACCGUCAAGUGACGCAAAUGCGCAUCUUCUCCCCCUCCAACAUCGCCGUCGACUUCGGCAAAACCCUAAAACCCCACGAGUUCAUCGCCAUGCUCCGCCGCGAGGUCCUCGACUCGUUCCUCCGCUCCCGCGCGCACUCCGCCGGCGCUACCGCGGUCGCCGGCCUCGUCACAGGCCUCGACCUCCCAACGGCGCCAGCCGCGCCCUACACAAUUCACUACACAGCCAACGGCUCCUCCCGGCACUCGCUCGCCGUGGACGUCGUGAUCGGCGCCGACGGCGCCAACAGUCGCGUGGCGAGGUCGAUCGGCGCCGGUGACUACGCCUGCGCCAUCGCGUUCCAGGAACGGAUCACAUUACCGGACGAGAAAAUGGCGCACUACGAAAAUCUCGCGGAGAUGUACGUGGGUGGCGACGUGUCGCCAGAUUUCUACGCGUGGGUUUUUCCCAAGUGCGACCACGUGGCAGUGGGCACGGGUACGGUGCGUGCAAAGAAAGAUAUUAAAGUGUACCAGCGCGGGAUCAGAGAAAGAGUGAUGCCGAAGAUCAACGGUGGGAAAGUGAUCAAAGUGGAAGCGCACCCUAUUCCGGAGCACCCGCGUCCGAUUCGGGUGAAGGGACGCGUGGCACUCGUAGGUGACGCUGCAGGGUACGUGACGAAGUGUUCGGGUGAGGGUAUCUAUUUCGCGGCGAAAUCGGGUCGCAUGUGCGGAAACGCCGUCGUAAAGGCCUCGGAGGGUGGGGAGAGGAUGAUCGACGAGAGUGAUCUUAGGAGGGAGUACCUGAAGCCGUGGGACGCGGAGUAUGCUAUGACGUUUAGGUUUUUGGAUCUGUUGCAGAGGGUUUUCUACGGUAGUAACGCGUGCAGGGAGGCUCUGGUGGAGCUCUGUGGGGACGAGUACGUUCAACGCAUGACGUUUGAGAGCUACUUGUAUAAGAAGUUGGCGCCUGGCACACCAUGGGAAGAUGCUAAGCUUCUCAUCAACACCAUUGGCACCAUGGAUCAUAUAAAGGAAAAGAAGAUGAUGAAAACCUGCAUAUUCCAAAAGGUAACAUCGGUGUGACAGAGAGAAGUGCAUAUAACACGAAUCCUAGCUUCACGAGGCAAUGGAGGUGCUACAGUGAUCUCCUCAAUAGUCAGUGGAGAGCCAGGCUUGCGGCAAAUUGCAGCUACAGUUUUUGCAAAUAAAGAACACAGUUUUAUACA